AUGUCGCAACGAAUAAAAGAUACUACGCUCGCCAGCGGCUUCACAAAGACGACACAUAGCAAACCCACUGCUGUCCUGGACCCAGCCUCCAACAAACUACCAAAGCCACUCAACGUACUCAUAGUUGGUGCGUCUCGCGGGAUAGGAGCCGGUAUUGCCCAUGCCUACGCGCAAGCAGGUGCUGCGUCUCUCCUCCUGGCAGCGAGGUCAUCUUCAAGCCAGGAACUAGCGACAGUCGCACAAGAAGCCAAGAACUUGAAUCCAUCAGUAUCCAUCAAAAGCCUGGAGGUCGACAUUACAUCAAAUUCGAGCGUUGCGCAGCUCGCGAAGGAUGUAAGACAAGAAGUUGGAAGGCUGGACGUUGUCAUUGUCAAUUCAGGAUACUCAGGACCGGUAGUGCUGAAAGUCGAGGAAGGAGAUCCACAAGAUUUCCAAGAUGUGUUCGACGUCAACGUACAGGGUACAUACCUUGUUGCGCACCACUUCAUUCCAAUACUGAAGGAAAGUGAUGGUGCUAGAACCUUCAUCGCUAUCAACUCCUUUGGAGCAUGCAUCGUAAACGGGCAUAUUGCGAACACAGCAUAUUGUAUCUCGAAAUUCGCGCAGGCACGUCUUGUCGAGUUCCUGUCAGAGCAAUACGGUGCGGAUGGUAUAUUGGCUGUUGCUGUACACCCUGGCGCCGUCAACACGGAAAUGGCAGACAAGACUACACCAGAUAGCUUUCGACCUUAUCUCACAGACGAUAUUGGUCUCGGGGGCGCUUUUUGUGUUUGGUUAAGCACCGAGAAGCGGAUGUGGCUGAACGGCCGACUGCUGGGUGCGACAUGGGAUAUCGACGAAUUGCUAGGAAAGAGGACACAGAUAGAGGGACAAGACUUGCUCAAAUUUGGUUAUAGGGUAGGCGGAGUUUCGGCCGCAGGACAAGGCGCAUGA